CUUGAAUUCUUCGUUGAAUUGGCUUUCGUCCUUCUCCUUCUUAAGGGGCGAGAGAGAGAGAGACGAAGGCCAAGACCCAGUUGUGUGUGCUAAGAUUUGAGUCCUUUUGACAGAUUGAACCGUUGUAAGCAUUAACAAAAUGGCUUCCAUCAAUCUCUCUUGCCCUUCAACAGCUCUGCGACGUUCACAAGGGUUGAAAAGCUUCAAAUUGUUCAAUGGACUGCACCGCGUAAAUCUAUUUUCCAGAAAUGAGUGUACGUUGGAUUCCUUCAUCCGUCCAAGUGGCAAAUCAUGCUUCAGUAUUAAGGGUAAUGGUAGAAUUAAAUCAGCCUUGUUAUCUGAAGAAGGUGACCUCCUGUCUCGUUACACUGGUGCUAAUGUUGUGGGGAACAAUGCUCUCCUGGGUGAUCCCUCCACGGGGAUUGAAGCACAGCCUGAUUCAAUCGCAUUUGGAACGCUUUCAGCAGAUAAUGCUCCUAACUCUAGUGGCUUCCUUACGGAGAAUGAUGAGUUUGAUCUGGACUGGCCCACGGAAGGUUUCUCAUCCGUUCCAGAAGCCAUUGAAGAUAUUCGCAAAGGAAAGAUAGUAUUGGUUGUAGAUGAUGAAGACCGAGAAAAUGAAGGAGAUUUAAUUAUGGCAGCAUCAAUGGUUACACCAGAGGCUAUGGCUUUUUUUGUGAAGCACGGAACUGGAAUUGUUUGUGUAAGCAUGAAGGAGGAAGAUUUGGAGAGAUUACAACUACCUUUGAUGGUAGCAAGUAAGGAUAAUGAAGAGAAACUUUGUACCGCAUUCACUGUGUCAGUGGAUGCAAAACAUGGCACAACCACUGGGGUGUCAGCUCGUGAUAGGGCUACAACCAUAUUGGCUCUUGCAUCCAAGGAUUCGAAACCUGAGGAUUUUAACCGCCCAGGCCAUAUAUUUCCAUUAAAAUACAGAGAGGGCGGUGUUCUAAAAAGAGCUGGACAUACAGAAGCUUCUGUCGAUCUUACCAUGCUGGCUGGGUUUGACCCUGUUGCAGUUAUAUGUGAGGUUGUGGAUGAUGAUGGUUCCAUGGCUAGGUUACCAAAGCUUCGGCAAUUUGCACAGGCAGAGAGCAUCAAGAUUAUAUCCAUUGCUGAUUUAAUCAGAUAUAGGAGGAAAAGAGAUAAAUUAGUGGAACGUGCUUCUGCUGCACGGAUACCUACUACGUGGGGACCAUUCACUGCCUACUGUUACAGGUCAAUCUUAGAUGGGAUUGAGCAUAUUGCAAUGGUCAAGGGUGAGAUUGGGGAUGGACAAGAUGUUCUGGUCAGGGUUCACUCAGAAUGCCUCACAGGUGACAUUUUUGGGUCAGCCAGGUGUGAUUGUGGGAAUCAAUUGGCCCUUUCAAUGCAACAGAUUGAGGCUGCUGGCAGGGGUGUAUUGGUGUACCUCCGCGGUCAUGAAGGAAGGGGCAUCGGUUUGGGCCACAAGCUUCGUGCUUAUAACUUGCAAGAUGAUGGGCGUGACACUGUGGAAGCGAAUGAGGAGCUGGGCUUACCUGUUGAUUCAAGAGAAUAUGGAAUUGGUGCACAGAUUCUUCGAGAUCUUGGGGUUCGAACAAUGAAGCUGAUGACAAACAACCCUGCAAAAUACAGUGGGCUCAAGGGUUAUGGUUUGGCAAUUGCAGGAAGAGUUCCCCUUGUGACUCCCAUCACAAUGGAGAACAAGAGAUAUCUGGAGACAAAACGUGCCAAAAUGGGCCAUGUCUAUGGCUUAGGAUCCAAUGGCCUUCCAAUCAAUAUCAUCCCCACAAAUGGUAAACCAAAAAACUGAGUUGGUUCAUCGUCUGACUGGUAAUUUGCCUGCCUACAUCAAAUGCUACAUGUAACCAAGAUAUCUAGAUGGACUCGCAUACGAUAACAGGAUAGAGAAGUGACAUUAUCAACUGCAUUGUUUGGAUUCCAGAACAUGAUUUAUUUAUUUAUACUCAUUCAAUGAUUCAUUACUCAUAGCCAUCCCAUAUUCUGUACUGGUGAUUCUUUCUGAGAAAUAAAUUGUGAGAAUUUCAGGCAGGUAUUGAAUUGAUAUGUCAUUCUUUUUUACCCCUAAUGUGUAAAACAGCCAUAAAUGAAAUUACUGUUGUCAAAGACAGUCAUUUCCUUGUAUAACUAUUGGAAUAAUAUAGAGACCAUGUAUUAUUGUAUAAGGAUUUUUGUGUACUUUGUUAUUUUA